AUGACCCAUAUGAACAGCGGUUAGUUAAAAGUGUUCGUCCUGUGUUUACGUUAAGUAUUCUUUGUAAUUUGUUUUUAUAGUUGUAUUAGUUAGGUAUUUUAGAAGGUUAUUUAGUGUUAUUCAGACUUUUAUUAAAGUUUGUGUCGUAUUUACAUAGUCAGCUAGUUGUUUGUGUAUGUAUACUCUCCAAUAAAUACUCCAUAAAUCAUCAUAGUAAGUUGUGAGUCUUAAGUCUUAUGUGGUUAUUUUUGGUCAACUUUAUUUGUUGUAUAAUAAUUUAAUUUGGCAGUUACCAUUUUAAUUAUUUAAUUGGAUUUCACCCGUUCAUUUCCUCAAAAUUAUGUUUUUUACUAUAACAUAGUAUAGCAUAAUCAUUGAGAUACUAAAUGUACCAUUUAUUGAGAAUAAAAUAUUGUUUUACAGUAUGAUUUUACAAGCAUAGAAGCCUAGUGUUAUUCGUUUAGUUUGGUGUUAAUAAAUUUAUAUAAAUUGUAUGGUAACUAACCGCUUCGUACCUUUACCUUUCGUUUUUUAACUUACAUUGUCUUUGUUUUCUUAUAUAAGAUAAUAGUUACGGAAAAACUAACAAAAGUUAUGUUUUGGCUACAAAAAGUAGUUUCUUUUCUAGCCUGUUAUUUUAAAAUGAAGAGAUAACCAAUUGUAUUGUAGUUGUAGCUUUAGGAUAUUUGUACACAAUUCUAGUAUUAAUUCAGGUAAUAAUAGAGUAUUGUAACUUUUGCAAAAGUAACAUUUAUGUUUUUAUACAUCUACCAUAUCAUAAAUUAUUCCAUUGUAUUGUAUUGUGCUAGAUUUGUAAAGUGAAACAUGUGCUGAUGGUAAUAAUAACACGCUGGAAAGAAAAUUGCUGCAUGUUUAUGGUAUAUCACUGUGAAUAAAACAGGAGUAAUUUUCUUUCAAGUUUGUUAUACGUUCUGUAUUAUGUUUGUCAUAGUGAGCAGUAUGAAUAUUGAUUAGUACUAAACUGUUUUCUCUACUAGUGAAAUUGUCUAACUUAAUAUUGUCCUCCAUGUUAAAUAUUGUAAUCCAUAAAAUGCGUAUUGGACGACAUUGUAAAUACAUGUAACGAAAUUGUAUUAUAUAUGUAUAUAACCAUAUAUAAUACUACAGUAAAGAAUCUCGACUUUUCAGGUACAUCACCGCUCGGCCGAAGCCGUUACUCGUUAAAUGCCCCACGGUCACUCGGCGGUAGUGGAGCUUUGAAUUCGACCAGUUCUGUGAUUCCACCUCGCUCACGAUCUCCAGUCUCUCCCCACUCUCCGAUGGGUCGAGCAGCAGCCAUGGCUGCAAAUCAUCGACCAAUGUCUCGUAGUCGCAAUAUCUAUGGUCCGGCUGUUCAUAUACGAACAUACGAUAUGAUUACACCUCAGGAACGGCGGUAAGUUGAAAGUUUUUAAAAUUAAGGUGAACAUGACGUUUCAAAAAAUGAAAAAAAAAUUUAUCAGAUUAUUAAAAAUAUUCUUAAAAAUAUUAGAAAACUUCAAAAUAUUUUGAAAAAACGCAAAAAUUGCCAGUUUUCUUACCACUAGGCCAACGUCACGAGCCUGCUCCAAGUCUUUCAAAAGUUGGGUUUCAUCGCAGACGUUUAUUCUUAAUAGUAUAAUAUAGUUUUAUUGCAAAUGUUUUUUCAUCGUAUUGCGCCAAGAUUUGCCUCGAAUUGAAUGUGAAUUUGAUUAAAGAUAAGCAAAAACAGGGUUUCUUUACAUCACGUUUUUACAUGUUUUCAGCUACAAAAUAAAGCGUUUCGUGUAAUAAAUAGGUUUUGGCAUUGGGGCUUGUUUCUUAUAUUGUAGUAGGUAAUAUUGAUCAUUUUUGGUGAUUUUUGAACUUAAUUUUAGGCUUUUCGGUUUAUAAAAUGAGGGAAAAAUCAUAGGUUUUGACCUAAAAAGCAAUCUUAUUAGCUAAAAAAAAGUCCAAAUUUUUUUAUCAAAAUCACCUAAACUUUGUCAAUUUCGUGUUAUCCAUGCCCUCAAGCCUUGUACAUUAUCAAAAAGCAGUUUGGCCACUAUAUGAAUCACAUAAACCUUCAAAUUUGCUGGUCGUAAAUCUGUUAGCGUUCCUCACGUUUAAGUAACUUGAAGUCCUUUCUUCCGACUGCAGACGGAUGUUCUCCCACGGUAUUUAUUUUGUAGAGUGUAGUAUGUCAUUCUUUACACUUUCGAACGUUUGUGUGUUUGGUAGGGGAUUUGUCAACAAGAAUAGUCAAUAUGCUUCGAAUAUGUAAAACACGUGGGUAUAGGAUGGGUUUAUUGACAUUGUGAGUACCUUAUUGUUUCCUGGUUUUUGGGUACACACCUGGCGGGUAGAAUACUUCAAUUUGUUGCUUUUGACAUCAAAACAAGCGUUUUUUUUAAAUUUUUUGUACUUUAUUCAAGGGGCAGUUUUUGAAAGUUCCUACGCCAACUACACCCCCCCCCCUAACUACUGCUUUUACCAUGGAAUACUUUACAAAUUCAAGUUUCAACAAUAAUAUCCGCAUUAACACCAAAAACCGUAGCUAGCAGUCAAGGUUAUUGUGUUUUGUUUUUGCGGCCCUUAAGCCUGUUUUGGCUACUACAAUCGUGUAAAAUGCCUUGUUAUUAUUUCGCCCUCAUUAUGCCGCAAAUCUCUGUUUUCUCACUUCAGUCUUCUGAAUAAUGCCGUGGAAAGACGGGUAUCGGCGAUCGAGACGUAGGCCUAGCUGGAUGCUGGACAAUGUGUAGGUCGUUGUGAAGGUGUUUUAGCUGCUGAUAACAUAAAAUUACGAAAAAUAGAAAACCUUAAAAUUUUUUUUAUAAAUUUAAACUGUAACAAAAAUAUUAAAAAUAAUCAAAAUCUUUCAGUUUCUUAGAGUCAGCCGAAUCUGGAGAUCGACCAACAUUAAUUGCUUGUUUGAACCAGGUAAAUUACUUUUACUUUAGUUAAACCAUUAUGUACAUUACCCAUGAUCAAACUAAAAAUAUAUUUCUCACUACCUUCUCAUUGCCAUAACCAUUUAACCUUCAAAUUAUAGAAAAAUGUCCCACUAAAUGUGAACUGCGUGGACGCUAUGGGCCGAACGGCCAUUGAAAUAGCUGUAGACAACGAGAAUCUGGAGAUUGUUGAACUACUGUUAAGACAGACUGAUAUAAGAAUUGGGAAUGCUUUAUUAUGUGCGAUACGAGAAGGAGUGUACAGGAUUGUGGAGAUGUUAGUCAACCAUCCUUCAAUUAACAAAGACAUGCUGGGAGACGGCUGGUUCAAAUACUUGAACGAGAACGAGGUCGCGACAUCUGAAUAUUCUAGGUAAGGUAAAAUACGUUGUGGUCGGACUUCUUUUGAUAAGUUAACACUUAUUGUCAUAUCUUUUCAAGAAGUUAUAAUAAGUCACCUUUUGAUACCCAUAAACAAUCAUGUUACAGUGACAUAUCCCCGAUCAUGUUGGCCGCCCACUUGAAUCGUUUUGAAAUCCUACAGAUGCUGCUACGGAAAGAAGCCACGAUAGAAAGACCUCACAAACACUCCUGUUUGUGUGAAGGCUGUGACAGUGAACGGUUCCACGACUCGCUACAUCAUUCACUCAAACGUAUCAACACUUACCGCGCUCUAGCCAGUCCUGCCUGGAUGAGUCUGACUAGCAGUGACCCUAUCUUGAGUGCAUUCAGACUGUCAUGGGAGCUACAGAACCUGGCACGGCUUGAAAACGAGUUCAAAGAUAUAUAUCUACAAUUGAGUGAGCAGUGUAAGCAAUUUGCAUGUGAUCUACUGAGUCAAUGCCGGAGUACAGAAGAAGUUAUUGCCAUUCUGAAUAAAGAAGACAACUCUGCUGAUGAGAAUAUUGAUGUAUGGGCGAGUAAAUUGAGCUUGUCAAGAUUGAAGUUGGCUAUCAAGUACGAGCAGAAAAUGGUAAGUACUGCAAAGCAUAAUGCAAAUGACCUCCUUAUCAAAAAAUUUACAUAUUUGAGAAGAUAAUGACCGUUCUAGACUAAAAAAAGUUUAAUAAAACUUUUCAGUUUGUAUCCCACCCCCACUGUCAACAACUUCUGACGUCCAUCUGGAGCGAAGGUAUCCCUAUUCGUCAACAACGUGAUUCUAAAUGGAACUUUCUGAUAUACACCUUACUAAUCUUAUUAUGGCCUGUACUAGCCACCUGCUACAUUAUAGUAAGUAUAUACAAGCUUUAAAAUGUAGCUAAAAAUAAUCUGUAAAGACAUAACUCACUAUAAAAAUUUUAAAAAAACCAAAACUAACGUCCUAAACUUUCAGAUGCCAAAGAGUAAAAUUGGAAGCAUUGUACGAUCUCCAUUUAUGAAAUUUCUAUAUUACAGUACCUCUUUUGGUUGUUUUCUCAUUCUUUUAACCCUAGUUACUCUGGAAGCAUACCAAGCUGAUAAAGGAAACUUAUCAGCUGGAGAAGGCUUUCACUCCAGGGCAUCAGAUCGAGGAGCUCCACCAACUUUCGUGGAGCUACUGGUCAUGUCAUGGGUAUUGGGGAUGUUGUGGUCGGAGAUCAAACAGCUCUGGGAAGAAGGAUUGACAAGAUACGUCUAUCAGUGGUGGAAUUGGCUAGACUUUUGCAUGAUGUGUCUAUAUCUGUGUACUAUUUCAUUAAGGUAAGCUAUUUUUUGCUAAAGACAGUAUUAUACUCUAUUUAUUAUAGAAGAACCUUACAAUAAAGUAAUAAAACGUUUUGAAUUUAAAAAAAUCUUGAAUAAUAUUACCAUUUUAGACUGUCAGGUUACCUUAUCUACGUAGCAUGGAACGACGGAUCAACUCCACGAUACGUGAUACGAACAUAUUGGGAUGCCUACGAGCCAAUGUUAGUAGCAGAAGCGUUGUUUGCCGUUGGCAAUGUUCUCAGCUUUGCCAGAAUAAUCUAUCUCUUUCAAAUUAGUCCUUACCUCGGACCUUUACAGGUAGGUAAUACAUUAUAUAAAGCCAUUUUGAUGUGUAGAUCUCAUUGGGAUGUAUGUUGGUGGAUGUGGCCAAGUUUUGCUUCAUUUUCGUUUUGAUUAUCACUUCAUUUGCUAUCGGAUUGGCUCAAUUAUAUUGGUAUUAUGAAGAUAACACACCAGUAUGUGUGACGCCAGACAAUUGCGCCAUGGUACCAAACGUCUUUUCAUCGUAUGUUCUUUAAAGCUAUACCACCAAUAGGUUAAAAAUUAUACUAUUAUACAAUAUCUAAAACUAUAGUAGCUUUUCAUCACAAACGGUUUUAGGAUAGGAAACUCGUACAUGACAUUAUUAUGGUCAUUAUUUGCCAUUACUAAAGUAGAAGAUACCGAUGUGGCUGAAGAACAUAACUUCACUCAAUGGAUUGGACGCGGAAUGUACAUGAUGUACCAUAUCACGUCAAUCAUUGUCUUACUGAACAUGUUGAUUGCCAUGAUGUCACAUUCUUUUCAAACUAUCAAUGUAGAUUAUGUUAUGCCUAAAUCAACACAAAUAUAACCUUAUUUGGCCGUAGUAGACGGUCCAUAAAUUUUUUAAUAUAAUUUUAAAUAACUUUAAUAAUAUAACGUACUUUUUUUAAGAGUUAUAACUCGCUUUAUUUAGGAUCACGCCGACCUGGAAUGGAAGUUUCAUCGAACAAAGUUGUGGAUGGCUCACUUUGAUGAAGGCUCCAGUCUACCACCGCCAUUUAACAUUAUCAUUACUCCCAAAGCCAUAUACUACGGGUUCUGUAAAGUUGUAAAUACUAUCAAAUGGCUUACCGGACGAUAUCACUAUCAAAAGAACAGAAACAGAGCAACAAUAAGGGUAAGAUAACAUCAAUAACACUUUCAAAGCAAAUCUGCUUUACAUUUUUACUUAAUCUUAAGUUUUGACAUCAAAAAACGAUCUUUUUUAUUUAUAUAAGUUUAAAAUUUAAAACUACAUAUCAUUAUAACCCUAACUAGUUUUAUAUUUUCAGCGACCUGGAUACAGUCGAAAAACCAAAGAAUACGAACACAAAACCCCUGAUCCAGAAGCCACCGAAGCUAAGAAACCUUUGACUUACAUGGAUAUAAUCGAACGUUUGGUUUCUCGGUUCAUUCAUCAGACCAAGAAGAACAUGAAGAUGGACGGAGUAAAUGAAGACGAUCUUCUGGAAAUAAAACAAGAUAUUAGUUCACUCAGAUACGAAUUACGCGACGAUAGAAGGAAGGAAAUUGUACGAUCAUCUUCUCAUAUUGAUGCUGUGAAACGCGACAUCAUGAGGACGAUGAGUACGUCCACGAAAAUAUGGAGAAGAAGCCAGAAAAGAGGCAGAAACAGCAGUGUAGCCGAGGAAGGAGAAGAAGAAAGUGAUUUUGGGGAUUCUGACACGGAUAUGAAGUAAGAUUUAUAUAAAAUAUACAUUAAAUUUUAUAUAAAAUAUACAUUUAAAAAGGUGCUAGGAGCAAAGGUACGUAAAUAUUAUUCGCAAAAUUACUGAAAAAGCCAGAAUUAAUGUUUUCGUUGUGGGACCGUUUCGAUAUUCGGAUGUUUUAUUGAAAAAAAGUUACAAAGUUAAAACUCUGUAAGUUCAAUUAUUUUUCAGAUCAACAACAUCGAUAACUGCCAACACUCUUUCUCCAACUGUCUCCAUCUCUUACGAUCGUCCAAAACAACGAUCUUUCAGUGAUGCCAUUACCUGCAGAGUUCUUUCAAUCGAACCAGCUAGUCCAUAUUAUUCUGGUCAUCCUGUUUUGGAGAAAAGAAAACCUUUAUCAGCUCAAAAAUCAGCUCCAUCACCUCUGAAGAUCAUACACACUCCACCAGAUGAAGGGCCUCAUCUACCGUCAGCUUCAUCUCUCGAGGCCAUACAACAACUUCGAGAAGUCAUGAACCACAAGCUGGAUCAACUGAUUGCUCAAGUCACUGCCACUUCAGCUGAUCAACCAGAUAUUGUUGGUGAUGAGGAGGGCAGAAGGUUGGUUCUACCUGCACCAUUAUCUGCUCCAGCACGAUCUUCACUUUCACCAUCUCGAGUCAACUUCAACUUGAAUGGAGAGCAAGAAUGA